GCGGGCGGGCGCCGGGCGGGAGGAUGCGCGAGUACAAGGUGGUGGUGCUGGGCUCGGGCGGGGUGGGGAAGUCGGCGCUCACGGUGCAGUUCGUCACCGGCACCUUCAUCGAGAAGUACGACCCCACCAUCGAGGAUUUCUACCGCAAGGAGAUCGAGGUGGACGCGUCGCCCUCGGUGCUGGAGAUCCUGGACACGGCCGGCACCGAGCAGUUCGCCUCCAUGCGGGACCUCUACAUCAAGAACGGCCAGGGCUUCAUCCUGGUCUACAGCCUGGUCAACCAGCAGAGCUUCCAGGACAUCCGCCCCAUGCGCGACCAGAUCAUCCGCGUCAAGAGGUAUGAGAAGGUGCCAGUAAUUUUGGUUGGUAAUAAAGUGGACCUGGAGAGUGAGAGGGAAGUAUCUUCAAAUGAAGGCAGAGCUCUGGCUGAAGAAUGGGGCUGUCCUUUUAUGGAGACCUCUGCUAAAAGUAAAACAAUGGUGGAUGAGCUCUUUGCAGAAAUCGUUAGACAAAUGAACUAUGCAGCUCAGCCAGACAAAGAUGAUCCAUGCUGUUCUGCAUGUAAUAUUCAAUAGCAUUAAAAAUUACCUAACCUGGACUUAAUCUGCAGAAUUUUUGUAAAGUGGUAAAACUGUCUGCCUCAUUUCCUGGUUUGUGGGUCACUUGGAAUAAAUCAUAAGUGAAGUAACAACUUUAAAUCAGAGCUGAGCAUUGAAAGUCAAUCGCUGUCUCUGAACAUAAUGGGGUUAAACUACAAUUUCUCACCCAAUACGCCCUUGUGCACCUACAAUUUCAUCAUAGACAGUUGAUCUACAGGGUGAUCUCAGUGAACUAUAUGUAUUUGCAUUAUGUCAGACAGCAGCAGCUAUUUCAUAAAUUAGAAAAUUCCUGGUGGUGAAAAUUGAAAUCGCUAGAGGGAAGACCUGGAAAAAUUACUUGCAAUUAGCGUAUUCUGUACUGAUAAACGCAAAAGGAGAGGAAAGCCUUUCAGUUUCGAUAUACUGAAUUUCAGGAGUUGCACUUUUGCUUGUGGCCAAGUUUACACAAACAAGUAUACUGUUUUCAUCUGAACUUCUGACAGUUUUAGAGACAGAUAUGAUCUACAAGACCUAUAUAGUUCUUUUUUCCCAAAAUUGAUGCAAUUUCUACACUUUAUCCCAUCUUGUGAACUAGAAAGCACUGCAUCAGUACUUGAAAGAAGAGAGAAGAUCUGAAAAACUAAAAGCUAGUGAAAAAACAUGAUAUGGCAUUGGAAUGUUUUAAAUCUUCCACUUUGCUGCUCAAGAAUGGAGGAUCACUUCAGAUUUUGGUCAGACAAAAAGCCAAACAAACCCUCUGUUUACAAAGCAGGAAACAUCUUUAUCACUUUACUGAACCAGGAGGAAGCAACUGUGAUGAAAAAAAUUGCUUAGCCUUACUAACAAGGAACACUUUAAUAGAUUAACUAGUACCAUCUUGUAAGGAAAACAAAGCCAUGUUGCAUCCAGAUGUUCCCUUUUGCAGAAACCUCAUGGGGCAGUACGAACAUCCUGCAUUUUUAAGUUUGCUAAAGAAGAUAAUUUCUUUCUUGCCUUUAAGGGCUAAGUUUUUUUUUUUCGUGUGAUCCCUAACUAACCUUUGGAAAUCAAGUUUGCUAUUUCAUAGCUUUAAUGUUGGCCACUUUGUUAAUUGAAUAACCAUAUGAAAUCAUUUUGGCUCACAGGAGGAAUAUAGGUUAUGGUUAUACUGUAGGUGAGAAAGGAAAAAGCUUUUGUGUAAUUGCCUGACACUAUUCAAAGAUUGCCCUGAUUAUUAGGGUAUCAAAUAGUGGGAGCAAAUAUUUUGUUUUGCAAGGGUGCUCAAGCUCUGACAUUCUAGUUUUCCUAGCAGUGAAGUAUUUAUCAUUUGCAUGACUAAUGGCACAGAAAUAUCUAUUCUGAAGUCUUACAAUCAAGUAUAGAAAAGUUUUCAAUCAAAAUGUUUAAGUUUUAUAUGUUGGAACGAUUGUCUUGAGCUGGACCUUUAUAGAUAAAAUUUGGUCAUCAAAAUGCAAUAUCACUGAGCCUGUGGUCUAAAUACCACCAUGCAUUUUAUUAGUUUCUCAGUCUAGUGCAGUAACAGUGUAGUUCCUUGUGUGUAAAUGAGUGAAAACAGGGGUGCAUGUGUUGGGUGUGUGUAUGUAUCCCUUAGAAAUGUUGUAAUUGGAGUUUGGACAGAUUUACCUCCAUCAGCAGAACUGCUUUAAAAAUGCUCUUAAUCUUUGAAAUGAAAAACGCAAGUAUAAAACAGCUUCCCAAAAUUUCUUUUUAAUAUAGUAACAUUUUUAAUCUUGUUCAGUGGGUGACAGCUAAUGGAAAUAUUAGUGAUGGAAAAGAACUGGCCACCACUGCCCUUAGACCUUGAAAAGCUUUUCGAGGACACAAGGAUGUUAAGUCUGAUAAAUGUGCGGCCCUACUAGUCAGAUUUUUCUAAAUCCUUGUAAUGUAGGUUUUUCCUACCAGCUAAUUUCCACAUUUGGUGCACCUUUUUCACCUAAUAUUAACCAUGUGUGUGUGCGUAAGCAAAAUUUGAGACUUGAAUCAAUGGUAUCUUCACUUCCUAAAAUAUUUAAAUGGAGGAGGGGUCUAAUGAAACUAUACAAUCUAAUAAUAAAAUAGGCAGCUUGUCAAUUUGAGACCUAGUGCCUGAGUGCUCAGAAACAUUUUACCAAUUUACAGUUUACCAAUUUACAGUUUACCAGUUGAUACCAAUUUACAGUUUGGAGUGCAUGUUGAGCAAUAUUAUACACAAACUGCUAAGAUCUUAUAUAAAAAAUGGCUGUGCCACCAAUAAAGUGGUAUAAAUAAUAUGUAUGAAAGGCCUAAGUUGUAACAUAAAACAGAUGGGCUUUUAAUUUAGGAAAAACUGCACAAGUAAAAUUCUAAACAGAAAAUUUUAGUAAAAAAGAUACUUCUGAGACAUGUUUUUCUUGCCAUUUUACAUUUGUAAUGACUAAGCAACACACAUCAACACACAACAUUCCGGGGUGUUGGGCGGGGGGAAAUGUAAAUGUUCUUCUCUUUAUUGUAUAAUUCUAAGGAGGUAGUUGUGCACUAUUUGUGUUUCCACUGAUGUGAAUAUAGUGGAGCUUGAAUCAAUGACAGUUGCAUUUGGCUAAGAUAUUUUUGAAAGCAUAAGGAUAGCAAGAGGGUAGUUAAAUGAGCCACAUUCAAGAUAGGUGGCCACCUGGAGAAAGUCAGUGGUCUUGGGUCAUCUCUUUCUUUGUACCCUGAUCAGACUACCAAUUAUAGUAUGUGAAAGUUUUUUAUAACAUGCCUUAAAAUAUUAUGGUUUGAUCCAAAGACCCAUGUUUUCUUUAGCUGUUCUUGUAGAGUUUUGUACUUUUCUACAAAGACAGCAUUUUUAAAGUUUUAUUGGUUUGGGGGCGUUUUUUGUUUGGUUUUUUUUUUUUGGCUUUUUUAAACGUUGCAGCUUUUAUUUUUUUCGGCUGUGAUAAUGGUAGUAACUGUUUUCUCCCAUUUUUUAAAAGUAGGCAAAAUAAAUAAACCAGCAUCAGAUCAAAAGUAUUUACACAUGGGGUUUUUUAUUAGAGCAUCAAAAGCAGCUUUUGAUAACUUUCUGUUCUGGUUUGGCCAACAAGUAACUAGCCUCUCUCUAACCCCAGUGCUACAGUUGCCAUCACUUUUCUGUGGGAAAACUACUGGUAUUUGCUUUCCUGUAUAAAGAAUGUUGCCUAAAGAUGUCAGCCAUUUGGCUGGGGGUGGGUUGUGCAUGUUUGGUUUUUCUUUUUACCAGUGUAGAAUCAAAGUACUGCUUAGGCUUUAAUGGUGAAACUCUGACAAAGCAAACGUUUGACAACAGCAGAAGGCUUUUAUCUGCAUUGUUGUGCAUCAGGUCUCAAGAAUGGUUGCAGGGGGUUUUGGAACCAGGCUUAACGGUAUUGAUUUGGGGUUUCCCAGAGGUGACUAAAUAUAUUUCACAGUUAAUUGUUGAGCUCUAGUACAACUGGCAACCUAUAGAUAGGGCAACAAUUUAUUGUUUUGUAACAAUGUCAGUUGUUAAACCUUGAUGUUUCAAAUAAAACAAGAAUUGUACAUAGAACUCAAUGCAAACUCAGCAGUUGUAUUUGGAGUUAAAUUAUUUUAACAAAUAAAUUUAUUUAAUGAAACCUGCCUUGGAUUUCCUUGUAUCAUCAAGUUUGGUUUUAUCAAAUAGCUCACCCAAAGCUAAUUAGAACUACCUACUUGUAAACAGCAGUAAACGGACCUAUUUAGAGUUCAGGAGAGGUUCUCCUGUCGAAAUAUUCUGUUGAUAUAAAUUGAAUGGAUGCAAGCAAAUACUAUUGUUUUCAUUUUUACAUAUGCACAUUUACUGUAGCCUCACACGUACUGCUACUGGAUAAAAUAUGCUCCAGGAAAAAGGCCAGUGGAUUGGAAGCUUAUUAAGGUACAUAACUAAUUCUGAAAGGUGGAAUAAAGAUUGCUGUAAAGUGUACUAAAAUGAUGUAAUGAGCUGAACUUGGUCAACCAUGAAGAUGUAAUAUCCAAUAAUGAAGUUACUUUUAUGGUAUUAAAAUUUCAAUGGAUUAACAAGGAUUGAUCAUCACGUCAACUGUUCUAUUGGUGCUGGGCUUUUAUUUUGGUUUUUUAGUCUUGCAUUGCUCUACAAAAUACAUCGUGUUAGCAAGAAUUUCAUUAUACAUCUCUGCAAUGAUAGCAAUAUUUGAACAGUCACGAUGCUAAUGUUAACAGGAUUGUUCUAGAUGAUGUUGAUUAGCAGUUACAUCUUGGUGCUACUGACAUGACUAUAAUGUAUUAUUGUGUUUUGAACAUGAUUGGUACUGGGGGCUGUGUGUUUUUUGUUUACAGGUCAUGUGGGUUUUAAGGUGCCAAAAGUUGGAGGCUGAUGCUCUGUAAGAACUCUUUAUUCUGUGGACAACACUGUGAAGAGUGACAAAUUAUGUUAAUUUACACAGCCUUCAGCUGCUCUAGUCACUGAUAACUGGCCCAUUCAUUCUGUAAACCAAUUUCCAGUGUAUCUUUGGCUAAAACUGGACAACCCCUGGCAACAUUCCAUUAAUUUAGUAGAAUUCUUGGGUGGGAGGGAAGUUGUAUAAGAGAAUAGCCACAUGGGGUUACUGACAUUUAUUGCACUGUUUUGAAUAGCUAAAAAGUACAACAUGCUAUAGCACGGUGGGUUUUUUUUUUUUUUUUUUGUGGAAUGCGGGAACAAUACUGGAAUGUGGGAACACUUGCUUAGAUCAUGAUUGAAUUUUUUUCCUUGUUUCCUUUUUUUAAAUACUUACAGCUGCAAUGUUCUGCUGGUUCCUUCUAGGAAAACUUUACACUGUUUGUUUUUCAAUUUUAGAAAAAUCUGUCACGGUUUUGUUAUCCAGAGAUAUUCACUGAAUAAGCAGUUUGCUUCCAUCACUUAGGUCAUGUAGUGACUGCUUGUUCAUCUUCAGAGUGCUGAACUAUUCUAAAAAUGGCCCAUAGGAAUAUCUCUCUUAUUCUUUAGGUGCUGUGCUGCUUUGUGUCCUCUGUUGUAAGAUCAGUCCCUUUCUGACUACAUGUAAAGGAGAAAUUCUCAGGGCACUAACAGGGCUUUGUGGGCUGCGUGGCUCACAAUGACACCCUAGAACAUAGUAAUACCUUGUCAUCCCUCUCUCCAACUUCUUUGAGUCUGUUUUAAUAAACAUACUAUUUAAGUUUCUCAUGAGAGACGUCAUUGUAUUAUGCACCCAAAGCAUCAGCCAGUCUCUGUUCUGGGAGGAAAUGAAUUUGCAGAUAUGUUGCGCUGUUGGGCUCUCUAGCCCCCGUUGAUCAUGCUGAAGUCAUGUGACGCCUUAUGUUGUCAACACAUCUAGAUUUUGAGCCUCAUUGCUCCUCAGUUGAGUUUCUCCUUUGGUUCUGCAUGCAUUUGGUGCCACAGUUGUUUUUCUUCUCUUCCAGGAAUUGAGGAAUGAAGACACCACUGGCAGCUUGAAGAAGUGCCAGGAUUGUAGUCUUAUUUUCUUUUUGUUUCAUCUCGGUUUUCAUCAGUAUGGUCUGAAUAUCUUUCAAGUAUAGUUUACUCUGAAAAGUGGCUACAUAAUUAUUGUAUUCAAUAAACCUGAUGCCUGUCUAUUCAGAAUUAUA